AAUUUUUUUUAGAUCGGGCCGGAUUGGGCAAGUUCAUUGGUCGAAUCACCUUAUUGUAAUUUCACGCCGGCCCUUAGAAACUGAAGGGGGUUGUUUUAGAAAAUUUCCUAAUCCGACCAUCGCCCGCUCCUUCGUCCUCCUCUGCACACUUCUGGUCCCCAGACUCGCCUCUGGUUAACUGACUGGUUGCCGCAUAACCCUCUUCCAUCCGGUCAUUUAUCCAGCCCGGCGACAACGCCGUUGCCGCCGCAGUUGCAACAACUUCUUCGUUUUUCAUCACGUUCCAGUGACUACCUGUAGCGGGCGCGAACGGCACAACCCUCCAAUUCGAGGAGAGGAACGCACAGAGUUGUUUCCCCUGGCUUUCUGCUUCUUCUAUUCGUCAAUUGUAGCGUAGGAAGGGGACACCAAUGGCAUUGUCAAUUGCCCAAUUCACUUUCUUCACCAGAGCAGCAUCCUCCUCCUUUCUCCACCGAACCAAUGCCCGCUUCAAUCACUUCACCUUCUCUACGCCCUUCUCCACUGCUGCUGCUACUUGCACUCGCAAAAAGAAUGGGAGACUUUCUGUCUUGUCAGCACUCGAACUGGGUGGAGUCAAGAUUGCUAGAGAUGACGUGGUGAGGGAUGAUCCAACAAACAAUGUGCCCGAUUCGAUUUUCUCGAAACUUGGUAUGCAACUCCAUAAGAGGAACCAGCAUCCGAUUGGCAUAUUGAAGAACGCGAUAUAUGAAUACUUCGACGCCAGUUACUCCACCAAGUUUGAUAAGUUUGAUGAUCUCUGCCCUCUCGUAUCUGUCAAACAGAAUUUCGAUGACGUCCUGGUUCCUGCUGAUCACAUAUCGAGGAGCUAUAAUGAUACUUACUAUGUUGAUUCGGGUACUGUUUUGAGGUGCCACACCAGUGCGCAUCAAGCAGAGUUGUUGAGGGAUGGACACACGCAUUUCCUUGUAACUGGAGAUGUUUACCGUAGAGAUUCUAUUGAUUCAACUCAUUAUCCUGUUUUUCAUCAGAUGGAAGGGUUUCGUGUGUUCUCACCCAAAGAGUGGGAAGCCUCGGGGUUGGAUGGCACAUCUUAUGCUGCUGAGGAUUUGAAGAAAUGCCUUGAGGGGCUAGCUAGACACUUAUUUGGUGCUGUGGAAAUGCGUUGGAUUGAUGCAUAUUUCCCAUUCACGAAUCCAUCUUUUGAACUUGAGAUUUACUUUCAGGAGAAGUGGAUGGAAGUAUUAGGCUGUGGGGUUACUGAACAAGAGAUUUUGAGGAACAAUGGUCAACUUGAUAGUGUUGCUUGGGCCUUUGGGCUUGGAUUGGAACGACUGGCUAUGGUUUUGUUUGACAUACCUGAUAUUCGGCUUUUCUGGACGACCGAUGAGCGGUUUACAUCUCAGUUCACUAAGGGGAAAAUGGGGAUUAAAUUCAAGCCAUUCUCAAAGUUUCCUCCAUGUUACAAAGAUAUGAGCUUUUGGAUCAAUGAAUCGUUCACGGAAAACAAUUUGUGUGAAGUUGUCAGAGGAGUGGCUGGGGAUCUUGCUGAAGAGGUGCAAUUGAUAGACAAUUUUACAAACAAGAAGGGAAUGACAAGCCAUUGCUAUAGAAUUGCGUACCGGUCCAUGGAACGAUCACUUACAGAUGAAGAAAUCAAUGAGUUGCAGAGAAAAGUGAGGGAACAAGUAGAAACAAAGCUAAAUGUUGAACUCAGAUGAGAGAUCUCUGUCUGCACCGAUGAUAUUCUUCGGGGGAGUACCAGCUGCUAGGGAAACCGGUGUUUACGAAAUCUGUGUAUCUAUCGUCACACAAAGAGAUGUAAACUCCUUGGCAGCAACACAAAAGAAAAAAUAAACAUGUAUUGGCUGCCAACAAGAUCCACUUUGUAUCUUCACAAAGUUCUGCAUUUACCAUAUGAGGAGGGGCCUGGAGGUUCGCUUUCGAUUUCUGUGUUGUAACGGUGCAUCUUUGAUUUCACUUUUGUUCUGUACCUUACCAUAGCUUGCUCCUUUUGGGAAUAAGAUAGAUAGUAUGCACCAUCGAGAAGUGAAAAGAAAGGAAAUAAUAAACCAAGUCUCUUGCAGAUAUGAAAACAAAUAAGAAACUUGCUCGUAGACUUAUUUUUCAGUGGCGCACCCAUUUCCAUGGUUCGGGUUAAGCUAUGCUCUUAAUUAAGUAGAUAGUAACAAGUUAACCGGCCACUUU